GCAUCACAAACAUUACCUGUACACAAGUUAGCAACUUAUAAUGGCGGAUGCACACGAUGUUCCACUAAAAUUACAUAACGAAAGCGUUAUCGAUUCCGAUCUGGUGAUUUAUCCGUUUACUCGACUAGGAGAGGAAACAUUUCUUUCGGGGCCCCUCAUCACGGAACAUGGUAUAGAAAAGUAUUUAGAAACUGUUCGGACACUCAAGACAAAAGACACAGAUAUAAUAUUGUGUACAACUAUGAAAUCAGGUACACACUGGUGCCAUGAAAUAUUGUCCAUGUUACUCUCUCAGUCUCUAGAAUAUAACACAAAAGGUGCUUUACAUCACAUGUUGUUGGACGUCAAUGCACACUUCUUUGAUAAGUUAGAUGAAGUAGAUGACCCUAGACUAUUCACAACACAUUUGCCUUUACAUCACCUACCAACUCAUCAUGUGAAAAAUGGAUACAAAAUUAUAUACGUGAAUCGAAAUCCGAAAGAUAGAUGGGCUUCUAAUUACACAUUUCUUCAUGGAAAGCUUGGAAUUCCUGAUUGGACAUGGGAUGAAUUCUAUGAUAAUAUGAUCCUUAAAGACGACUUUUUUGGAGGUUGGUUUAACUUUACAAGGGAAUUCGAAAAGGCGGUACAAACUAAAACAGCAAAUAUACUACCAGUUAAAUAUGAAGAUUUGAAAUUACAUCCGUUCUCAACGAUUGAAAAGAUGGCCGAGUUUAUAAAUGUCUCGCACAGUGAAGAUUUCAUUAGAGACAUAACAGAGAAGUGCAGUUUUGAUAACAUAAAAAAGCACAAGUUUGAUUCUUCAAGAAUUAUUGAUCCCAAGCAUGAAUCGACAUUAUUCCGAAAAGGUCUUAUAGGGGACUGGAAGAACUGGUUUACCGUAGCACAGAAUGAGAAAUUUGAUGAAAUGUAUAGAGAAGAAAUGAAGAAUUGUGAUGUUAACUUUAUCUAUGAACAUUAAUCAUAAUAUUGAUUAUAACUAUUUUCUGUUUAUGAUAUCGUUUUGUUGCAGUAACUGGCUGGUCUGCAAUUACAAUCACAUAUACAUUCACGUCUUACUCUAGAAACCAAAUUGUAAAUACUGUCAAUUGAAUAAAUAUUGGUCCUCUGUACAA